AUGGAAAAUCUAGACCAGUUACGGAGGCUGGAGGAGCAGCGGAAUUCAGUGAUGGCAGAGGAUGAGCGCAAGGCUGCAUUGAUCUCGGACCUUUUCAAGCAUAUUGGUGAUUUGACGGGGCAGCUUGCCGAAGCCCAUAUGGACCUUCGAGACAGAAAAGACAUGCUUGAACUUAAGCGUACAAAACUUGAGUUUGCAGAAAAACAGAUUGAAGAUUUACGACGCAAAAAUGAUGAUCAUGUUUUUAGUAUGGUUAUAAUUGAUGGCGACAAUAUGCCGUUUCAGGACGAAUUCGCUAGAGACGGUCUCACGGGAGGCAAGAGGGCAGCUGGUCUCCUUAGAAAAGCAAUAGCCGAGGAUAUCAAGACGAGAUAUCCAUCUGUUCCAACGAACGUCCAAGUGGUGAUUCGUGUGUAUGCGAAUUUAAAAGGGUUAAGCAAGAAAUAUAGAGAACUUAUGCCUGACUCGGCAUCGUUUGAAGAGUUUGUUCGUGGAUUUAAUACGGUCCACCCUAUGUGCGAUUUUAUCGACGCCGGGUGUGGCAAAGAAUGUGCCGAUGAGAAGAUAAAAGCGUCUAUGAAAUUUGGCCUUGAUGAUAGUCAUUGCAAACAAGUGUUUUUUGGUGGACCAGGAGACAACGGAUACGCCCGAGUUUUCGACUCUUUCCUUGAAGACCAGACAAUCAGAGACCGGAUCACGCUGAUGGCAGGCCCCCCUUUUGCGUACGAACUGGCGGCAAUAAAGGACAAAUUCUAUAAUAUUACGCUGGACAGCAUCUUUAGGAGCCUGAAGCUUCCCAGCGAAGCCAACCGCAGGACCUCGUUCCAUAUCACGCCGCCAGGAACUCCCAUGUUUCCAAACACUCCGCUCAACUUUGCAGCCGUUGCAAAGGUGCCUAGCAGCCCAGCUCAGAGCGCUCCGGUCCAGUUAUACUACGCAGAACCCAAAGUGCCUCCCCAAGGGGUCAUAUUGCGAAAUAAAUUUGGACAGAGAGUGGAUUCGCGGCUUUCAUACUUGCAAUCUGAUUUCUCGAAUUUGAAAGACCGGAAGCUUUGCAACAAUUUCCAUAUCCUGGGCAAAUGUUACUACCUUGAAAAGUUUGGCAAAUGCCAUCACGUCCAUGGAGAAAAAUUGACGGGCCAACGACUGGAAGCCUUGCGAGCUAUUGCUCGCCAGUCUCCGUGCUUGAAUGGGCUAAGCUGCAGCCAGACAGAUUGUGUGGCCGGACACAAGUGCCCAAGGGAGCCUUGCCAUCUGGAAAACUGCUGGUUUCCCAAAGAAAUGCACAACGUUGACUCUCAGGCCGUUGCUGAAUAA